AUGUCGUCGGCAAAGAUAUGCAUUACCACCAUGAUUGUGCUAGUGUUGCUGCUUGAAGCCACCGUUGAUGCCGGCUUUAGGAUGGGGAGUGGUUUUUGUCAAAGCGACCAUGGCUUGGUGGAUUGCCAAACCUUGUCAACUAGCACAAGCAAGUAUGGCAACAAGCAAACAUGGCCGAUUGUGUGGCCAGUGUGGUUCGCAAAGUGCCCACAAGGAAAACGCUUCUGGUGCACCGAGAGAUGGUGUGCCUGUAUCUAG